GGGGGGCGGGGCCCGACCCGGCCCGGCGGCGGCGGCGGGGCUGGGGCUGAGGGGAGCGCGGCUCGGCUCGGCUCGGCUCUGCGGGCACAGGGAGGGAGGGAGGCUGCGGCGUGACCGCCGCCACCCGGCAGUCCGGCCGCAGUACCAUUUUGAGGGUUACCAUGAGGCCUUCAGGAAAGUUCUUUGACAAGUUCCAUAGAAUCUACAGUCUGGAAAAUGUGUAUCUUAAGUCCAUGUUGAAGUAGAGACGGCCUUACAGGAGAAGCGGGGAGAUUGCAUAAAUCUUUGUAGACAACUUGGCUGCAAGCAGUUAAACCGAAAUUAACUUCUGCCUCCUGGCCGCAGAGCACUAGUCUGACGUUCCUGCGUGAUACUCUGCAGACUAAAUCAUGCCAGCGUUAUCAACUGGAUCUGGAAGUGACACAGGUCUGUAUGAGCUGCUGGCUGCAUUGCCAGCCCAGCUGCAGCCACAUGUGGACAGCCAGGAAGACCUGACCUUCCUCUGGGAUAUGUUUGGUGAAAAAAGCCUUCAUUCAUUGGUGAAGAUCCAUGAAAAACUGCAUUAUUAUGAAAAGCAGAACCCUGUGCCCAUACUCCACAGUGCAGCAGCCUUGGCAGAUGAUCUGGCUGAGGAGCUGCAGAGCAAGCCGCUGAACAGCGAGAUCAGAGAACUGCUGAAACUGCUGUCAAAGCCCAAUCUCAAGGCUUUGCUCUCUGUGCAUGAUACUGUUGCUCAGAAGAACUAUGAUCCUGUCUUGCCCCCCAUGCCUGAUGAUAUUGAUGAGGAAGAAGAUUCAGUUAAAAUAAUCAGACUUGUCAAAAACAGGGAACCGUUGGGGGCUACUAUUAAAAGGGAUGAACAUACUGGUGCUAUUGUGGUGGCCAGGAUAAUGCGUGGAGGAGCUGCAGAUAGAAGUGGUCUUAUUCACGUUGGUGAUGAACUGAGGGAAGUCAAUGGGAUUCCUGUAGAUGAUAAAAAACCCGAAGAAAUAAUACACAUUUUGGCUCAGUCUCAAGGAGCAAUUACAUUUAAAAUUAUACCCAGUGUGAAGGAAGAAACACCAGCAAAGGAAGGCAAGAUGUUUAUCAGAGCCCUAUUUGACUAUGAUCCUAAUGAGGAUAAAGCAAUUCCUUGUAAAGAAGCUGGACUUGCUUUCAGAAAAGGAGAUAUCCUUCAGAUCAUGAGCCAGGAUGAUGCGACCUGGUGGCAGGCCAAACAUGAAGGUGAUGCCAAUCCGAGAGCAGGCUUGAUCCCUUCAAAGCAUUUCCAGGAGAGGAGAUUUGCACUAAGAAGACCAGAAGUGCAGAUUCAGCCACUGAAAAUUUCCAACAGAAAAUCAUAUGAGGAAGCGGUUGAGUGUGAGGAAAUUGAAGAAGAUGCUGAAUGUGCUGGUCACAACAGUGGAUCCUAUCUAGCUGGUUUUAGAAGAAGCUUUCGUCUUAGCAGAAAAGAUAAAAAAACAAACAAAUCUAUGUAUGAGUGCAAGAAGAGCGAUCAGUACGACACAGCAGAUAUCCCAACAUACGAAGAAGUUGCAAGAUACAGACGACAACCUAAUGACAAAUACAGGCUUGUAGUUUUGGUUGGUCCUGUAGGGGUUGGACUGAAUGAACUUAAACGGAAAUUGCUGAUCAGUGACACCCAGCAUUACGGGGUAACAGUGCCACACACUACCCGACCAAGAAGAAGCCAAGAAAGUGAUGGUGUUGAAUACAUUUUCAUUUCCAAGCACUUGUUUGAGACAGACGUACAGAAUAACAAGUUCAUCGAGUAUGGUGAAUAUAAGAACAACUACUAUGGUACAAGUUUAGACUCUGUUCGAUCAGUCCUAGCUAAAAACAAAGUCUGUUUGUUGGAUGUGCAGCCUCAUACAGUGAAACAUUUACGGACAUAUGAGUUUAAACCAUUUGUUAUAUUUAUAAAGCCUCCACCGCUUGACCGUUUGAGAGAGACCAGAAAAAAUGCCAAGAUUAUUUCAAGUAAAGAUGAUAGGGGAACUGCAAAACCCUUUACAGAGGAAGAUUUUCAAGAAAUGAUCAAGUCUGCCCAGGUGAUGGAGAGCCAGUAUGGCCACCUCUUUGAUAAGGUGAUAGUCAACGAUGACCUCGCUACAGCCUACAGUGAGCUCAAAACAACUUUUGACAGAUUGGAGACUGAGACCUUCUGGGUUCCUGUCAGCUGGUUGCAUUCGUAACGUUUCACAUACACAAGGCAUCUGAUGUCGAUUGAGUCUAAAUCUGGUGCAUGGUUAGGCAAUACUUAAGGGCCAUUUUCUUGGUAGGAGGGCUUUCUAACUCUACCUGAGCAGCAGGUGCACUCUUCACAUACUUGGCACUGGUCUUGUUUUCCUGUGUCUUCAAUCUUCCUGUUCAUAAUUUUGGGACAGUACAGGCAGGUCAAUCCGAAGUCUUACUACGCUCAGUAAAGUGAGCUAAUACUAGUGUAACAAAACUGCCAAACACCUCUCUAUCAUUCUUAUGUCCAUGUCCAAGGUAAGCUUUUUUAAUGGAGAGUUUGCAGAAGAUAGUAAUUACUACUGGAGAUCAGCACUUUGACGGUUUUAAGCAUAACUGCUCUCAUAAAAAGCACAUCAGCACUUGGAAGUUAUUAUCCGUUAAGUGCUUGAGAGAACUGAGGCAGGCAAAAGUGACCAACAGUUUUAUGAGGAAGACAUCCUAUCCAUAAAAAGAUAAGUGUUUUUACUUUUCUAGAUGUGAACCUUGUCUUAUAUGUACAGAGUGAUUUUCGUAUUCCUUUGCACUUGAGUAGUCAUGAAAAAAAAGAUAUAUUCAGUGGCUUAAUUGUGAAAAACUCUGCUGUGAGCAUGCAUGGAUUGAAAACAUUUUCAUGCAUGCUUUGUGGCACAACAAAACUCACAGGAAUAUUUAUUUAAAUAGGGAAAAAUGUGAGUUACUAUGUAUAUAACUUCAAAAUCUUUGGGAUUAGUCAUCUGUAAAAACAGUGGCGAAGCAGUAUGAAUAGCAACAAAGUAAAGAGUUUUUAUUUUUUUUCUUUAAAUUGAUUACAAACAUUUUUAGCAUUCUUUAGAACAGAUUUCCCCUCAGAAAUUUUCAACCAAUUAGUAAGGAAACCUUGAAGAUCUGGAAAGCAGUUGCAAUAAGUUAACUCUUCCUAUUGUUCAGUAUGUAGUGAUACUUUUUUUAGUAGUGUAACAGACAUUUUGUCUCCAUCCAAAAAUAAAUUAAUACUGUAGACUUCAUUAUAAAAAAUAUCUUUGUCAGUGGUCAGACACGGAAACCUCAUUUUAAAUUUGAUGUGGCAGUGAAAACUAAUGUAUCAUAGACUAUGUAUUUUUACUAUAGAUAAUUUGCUAUUUUUCUUUAUUUACUACUGAUACGCAGAAAAUGAAUACAUCUGUAAAGACCAAGUAACACCCGUGUGUUGUGUUGUGAAUACGUCUUGUAAGUACAGAAUGUGUAUAGGAACUUGCUCAAUUCAGAUCAUCACAUCUGUGGCAUUCAAACAGGAAACAGUUAUUUCAUGUUAAUCUGUAAAGAGAAUAUAGAUGUCUUGUUUAAAGAGUAAAGAAUUUAGUGAAAACUUAUAUAUUUAUGAAAGGGUUGAAAAGGGAUGUUAAGUUUUUAAAUUUCUUGUCAAUGUGGUCAUUUAUUAAACAGAUUACUAAGACUGUAAUUUGAAACACCGUCUCUGUAAAUUGAGCUCAACAUUCCAUGUAAAUAUUUUAUUUCAGUUCAUGUGCUGAUCGAGCCAUCGGGUUCUGCAGUUUUAUUCUAAAUGCAUAUUUAAUGUGUGGGUCAUUGCUUUUGACUUAGAGUUGUAUAAAACAAAUGAAAUGCAAGCAACAACAGCAAAAUCCCUAGGAGUCUGGAAAUGUUUAUGCAAGAGUUACAGAUGUACUGAAUCUCGGUAUGGAUAAAUGCUCUGUUUGAAUGGCUGUAAUGUAACUUCUGUCAAAUUUCACCAUUUUUCAGGUGGACUUAAACCUUUUUGUAAUACAAAUUGAAAUUUGUUGAUUAAAUUAAUUGCAUGCAGAUUCUGUGGGUUGAGAAAGUGGUUAUCUUUUUUUUUUUUAAUUAUUGAAAAUCAAACUGUUUUUCAGGGGAUCUGUAAUUCAGGCUGUUUGCCUUUGCCUGCAAGGUGCCGAGUGCCCUCACCAUCUCUCGCAGCCGGUGAAAACUGAGCGGGCACUCUGCAGCUCUCAGGAUCUGGCCAUUUCCAGCCAGAGGAGCUUUAGUCCAUAAUGAAACACUCUUAACGCUGCUUCUAAGCCAUGGUGUCUCAGAACAUCGGUGUAAAAUAACUGUCCCAUAAGGGACCUGCUUUUCUCUUUAAGAAUUAUAUGCUAGAAUAUUCUCCAAAGUCCCCAUUUGAAACAGUUCUGGCUCUCCUGCAUGCUGUUUUUCCUGUCCUUUUGAAAAGAUUUUAAUUCCCAUUCCUGGGUCAGUGUGGUCUAGGAGGACCUUCUCCAACAUGCUUGCUGUGUUGGGCAGUAGUGAGCAGCACCGUGCAUUUACAGAGACACCGACUCUGAUCCUCAGCACAGUGCUGGCAGGCAUUUCCUAGAUGGAUGGCUGCCUGCCCCGUCUCCAGGCCAGAAGCUAAGUCCUGAAUUGUAACACCUGCAAAAGAAAGGGAAUCACAAAAACAUAAAUCCAGCAGAGCAAAAUGUGCACGGAGUCUUUAAGGAGUGAGAGGUAGUUGUAGUUAAAUUACUAGAUUGCUCUUGAAAAUCAACAUUAUCAUGGUGUUUGCUUUAAAAAAAUAAAUAAAAAAGAAAGAAAAUAGAAGCCACUGUAAGGCUGGCAGGGAUGAUACAAGCUCAUGGCAAAAAAAUGUCUUAGCCCAACAGUUCUGACAGCACAGGAGCCUGGUUAUCACGAUGGACGCUGAGCCUGUGUACUGAAUUGUUCUGAGGCACCUAUGGGGAGGGCUGUGUGCUCCUUUGGACUCCUAAAACUUGGGAAUGAAGAUAACUAAACAUGUUUUCAAUAUUCCACAUAUUCAAGAUGUGCUGUGUGGGUUUUUAGAGAUCUGUAUGUUUUGACAGUCAAGUCCAGAUGUUUUUAUUGUGUUUUAGCUGUUUGCCAUAGUCAAAGAAAUGGUAGUUGUUUUUUUUUUAUUGUACCAAGCUCGAUACUUGAAUUUGCCAUCAGGUCAUUGGUUGGUGUCUUACCUGGAUUCUGAUCUUACCUUCUUAUGCAAGACAAUAAAUUAUUGCUAUCACUGAAAGUGUUGUUUUUUUCUUUAUGUAAAUAGCACCAUAAAAUAUAGACUUUAAAAUAUAUUGACUUUAAAAG